UGGUACACGCGUGGUUCUUCCCAGUUUCACCUCAAAAGAACCAUGGUUUCCAUCCGAGUUCAAUUAGCGCUGGUUCUUCUAAGUUCCAUAGCUGAAUGUCGCCUGGCGCAAGAGUUCAGCAGCAGGCUGCAAUCAUUUCCAAUUGGGGCGGGUUCCACUAAACCCAACCUAAGGGCGGCUUUACAAAGGCUGAUACACAACAAACCCUUGCCGCAUCCGGAUGUGCUAGCCAAUAAUGGGGAGGCCUCAGAGUCCUCGGAGUCGUCCGAAGUGGGGCCGGGGGCUAGCGAUUCAACUGCUUACUCGCUCAGAAGUGCGCUACUGCCAAAUGCUGUGGAUUCUCGUGAACCCAGCGAAGCUCACGAGUCCACUGUGCAGGAUGGAAUGAAGGAGUCGGCGGCUGAUAAUAUCACUGAAGAAGUGGACGACAGCGAGUCAGCCGCAACGAGUGUUUCAACACCGGCUUCAAAGUCUGAAGAAACCAAACCAUUUGAAGCAGCAGCUCGAACUACCAGCCUUGAUGACACAAAUGUUCCUGAAGAAGCCCCAGAAAACAAAAUAGGGGCCGAAGGAAAGACUCGAUCCGGUCCAGCACCGGCAUCUGGAGUUGAGGUGGGGCAGGAAAAAGCGCUGAAUUUUAGGAACGAGAAGGUCGUGUGCGGGUCUCCAGCGGGAAGCUCCGAAGGACCGGAAAGUGAAAUUCCUGGAAAUUUGGCUCCAGAUGAUCGGUUUGGAGCUACUGAACGCUCUGGGCAGUCAGCAUCCCAAUUGAGGGGACUUUGGGAAGGUCGGAAUCCUGGCGAGUAUGUUGGAAACACUUUUGGCUCCCAACGCAACUAUUUUGACCAUCUGAUGCCUUACAAUCCAUAUUUUCCUGGUUAUCAGUCUCCGCAAUGGCCAAACUUAGUCUACCCUCAGUUUGCGCCCGGAUGCUCCAGAGCCCUGGACACUGCUGGAUUUGGAGGACAUCCUUCGGAUCCCAGCCAGAUUUAUUACCCUCAUGUUUAUCCCUAUCCCUCCUAUCCACUGGUUUAUCCAUACCACAAUGGAAGAACGAGUUCGGAAUAAGUAAGUUUAGGUCUGGCAACAUCAGAUGAAAAGGAAGGGAAACAUUUUUUCGGCCAGUUUUUUCCCAGUUGGUGUCAGCUUGGGUAAAGGUCGAUGUGUUUUUUCAAGCUUCCAGUUCAUUUUAGAUGGUUCAGGCCGCCACUACCAUUGUAGACCUUAUUCUAAUAUACGGUGGCUUACACGA